AACGGUGGAGGUUAUGACUGGCGGGACCGAGUUUCAUAAGAACUAUAACAACAACAAACACUGUGGACCAACAAUGGACGUGGACAUGGAUUCGAGUCAUAUUGAAAAUGAGCGCGGGGAGCUGGAUAGUAGCAUCCCGGCUGCGUGCUCCUCAAACGGCAGUGGCGGGGAAGAGGACGAGGCGGAGGCCCUCGGCCGUCCGAGAGAAGCCGGGGGCUCCAGUAGCCAGCACACGCCGGACGGAGGAGGGGUGCUCGGCGGCAGGGAGCAGGAGGUGUCCGUGGAAAUUGGAGAGACGUAUUUGUGUCAAAGAGCCGACAAGACAUGGCACACAGCAGAAGUUAUUCAGUCCCGGCUGAAUGAACAGGAGGGCAGAGAGGAGUUUUAUGUCCACUAUGUAGGAUUUAACAGGCGUUUAGAUGAGUGGGUGGGUAAAGCCCGUCUGGCUCUUACCAAGACAGUGAAGGAUGCUGUAAGAAAGAGCACAGAAAUCGGAGGUGUUGGCGAUUUAGGUGACCAGCCUGAAAGGAAGAUCACUCGCAACCAGAAGCGCAAACAUGACGAGAUCAACCAUGUGCAGAAGACGUAUGCAGAGAUGGACCCAACAACAGCAGCACUAGAGAAGGAGCAUGAGGCGAUCACCAAAGUGAAAUAUGUGGAUAAGAUCCAGAUAGGAAACUUUGAGAUCGACGCCUGGUACUUCUCGCCAUUUCCUGAGGACUACGGCAAACAGCCUAAACUGUGGAUCUGCGAGUACUGCCUCAAAUACAUGAAGUACGAGAAGACGUUCAGGCAUCACCUGUCACACUGCCAGUGGAAACAGCCUCCAGGCAAAGAGAUCUACAGGAGGAGCAACAUAUCAGUGUAUGAAGUUGACGGACGAGACCACAAGAUCUACUGUCAGAAUCUUUGUCUACUAGCGAAGCUGUUUCUGGACCACAAGACGCUCUAUUUUGACGUGGAGCCCUUCAUCUUCUACAUCCUCACUGAAGUCAACAAACAGGGAGCGCACAUCGUCGGCUACUUCUCCAAAGAGAAAGAGUCUCCAGAUGGGAAUAAUGUGGCCUGUAUUCUCACAUUGCCUCCUUACCAACGCAGAGGCUACGGAAAGUUCCUCAUAGCCUUCAGUUACGAGCUGUCCAAGUUAGAGAGUACAGUCGGUUCUCCAGAGAAGCCUCUGUCUGAUCUGGGGAAGCUGAGCUACAGAAGUUACUGGUCCUGGGUUCUACUAGAGAUUCUGAGAGACUUCAGAGGAACGCUGUCCAUCAAAGAUCUCAGUCAAAUGACCAGCAUCACGCAGAGUGACAUCAUCAGCACGCUGCAGUCUCUCAACAUGGUGAAAUACUGGAAAGGUCAACACGUCAUCUGUGUGACGCCCAAACUGGUGGAGGAGCACCUGAAGAGCGCCCAGUACAAGAAACCACCCAUCACAGUGGACACCAUGUGCUUGAAGUGGGCGCCUCCCAAAAACAAACAAGCCAAGUUGUCCAAGAAGUGAGAGUGAGCAUCACCUGCAGAGCUGCCUGCUGCCUCUCAGCUGUAAUAAACACAAUGUACAUAGUUCUUAGUAGUAUCUGUCAGUAUUUUCUUAAAAUAAAUGUCUAUAUAAAAAGAUA